UUAUAGUUUUCGAACAAAUAAACCCUCAAAUGAUCAAACCCUUCCUCUCCACGAAGCCUCUUGAGCUUUAGAAAUUGCUCACAUUACGUUCGUCGGAAACCAUGGCUUCCUCCCUGCUCCGCCUCACAAGGUCCAUCGUCCCCUUCCGUCCAGCACUAGCCAAAGCUACACGUCAGCACUCGGUCAACACAAGGCCAUUUUCUUCUUCGUCGCUACCAAAAUUUACAUUCGAUUUACAAUUUCUAAGCUAUCAAAUAGAAACCGGAGUCCCUUCAAUGCUCUUCACCAUGGUCAAAGAUGAAGAGCUGACCAUACAAAUGCCCGGACUGAAGCAGACGGAGAGUAAAGAAGGCGUGUGGGUAUCCUUUGAUGUGCCUAAGCUAGGACAGAAGGAAUGGAAGUUGGGUCUUCUAGGCUUCAAUUUUCUCUUCCAACUCCAAACACCCGAAAAAAAAUACCUUGCUACCAUGAAAUUCCCAGAGUAUUACAACCCAUACGGUGAUUGGAUCGUAAAGUUUGAAGAUGGUAUCUGUUAUGUACGCGUUCCCACUCAGAAAACCGUUGAUCCCUUCUUGGCUAAGGCUAACAUCAACCGAAACCUCACUCGCCCUACGCCUUACUGCGUUACGUUUGAUCGGUCGGAACUUGGACGUAGGCUUUGCGAAAUAAUAGCGCGUCCGGAGGUGAAGAGUAAGUCGUUCACAGCGUAUAAGAAGGAUACGGAUGAAAGCAUAUACUUCAAAGGGAAUUUGCCUGGGGUGGAGAAGCUGGUGGUGACUAAGGAGGGGUUGUGUGUGUCGUUAAGUAUGCCUGGGUUUGAGUUAGAGGAUGUGGAGGUCGGGUUUGAGUAUGAUACGCUGAUUGUUGAAGGGAAAAGAGAGGGUGAGCACUACAUUGCUGGCCUGCGGGUGCCGGAGGGAUUCCGUACGGAGAAUGAUAUGAUGAAGAAAGAGAUGCAAGAUGGAGUGUUUAAGGCUACUCUUCCCCGUGUUGAUGCUAAUAGGAUUGUGUUUAGUGUGUAUCGCUAGAUGAUUAUCGCAUAUGGUUAGUAGAUAUAGAGCAAUGAAUCACUGACUUAGUUAGCUUGGUAGAAAUUAAAUCAAAGUGGCCCUCAACUCAUCUUGUGUUUUGUAAGGGUUAUUAAGGGCCUGGUCUUUUGUGUACUGAUGAAUGGAUGCUUAUAUAUUUAUAUAUUCAUAUAUGUAAAAAGUGGCUUAAUUGAUGUUUU